AUGAGCAAAUUUGGAGAGUGCUACCAACCAUCUUCCUGCUACUCAAUUGACGAGAGCAUGGUUCGUUUCAAGGGGAAGAAGUCCUUCAAGCAGUAUAUGCCUCUAAAACCCAUCAAGCGCGGCUUCAAAGUCUGGGUGCGCGCAGAUGCCAGUACUGGUUUUGUGAUCCAGUUUGACGUUUAUACCGGAAAAGAGAGUGAUGGAAGCGGCUUAGGCACUCGUGUGGUAAAGAAGUUCACUGAGGAAGUGGCACAAACCGAGUGCCUUGUGGUGUUCGAUAACUUCUUUUCGUCGCCAGAACUGCUCCAGAACCUCUUCGAAGAAGGUAUCUAUUCAGUUGCCACAGUACGACAGCAAAGGAAAGGGCUUCCCGAGAUUCUCAAGAACAAGAAGAAGAUGAAAGAAGGGGAUCACACCUUCCGUGUAAAAGGGAAUGUGGCGGCCCUACAGUGGCAAGACAAGAGGCUUGUGAACAUACUCACGACUGCCCACAAUCCCUCGCACACAGUGAAUGUCUCUAAGAAAGCAAAGGAUGGCACUAAAAUUGACCUGCAGUGUCCUCUUGCUAUAGUCGAGUACACGAAAUACAUGCGUGGAGUAGACCGCUUUGACCAGCUGAGGGAGUACUACACGGUCAGCAGAAAGUCUCGAAAGUGGUGGAUGCGUCUCUUUUAUUUCAUUCUUGACUGCGCUCUUGUAAACAGCUAUGUGCUGUACCGUCUGUCAAAUGUUGGUUGCGAUGACCACGUACACUUCCUAAUAAGGCUGUCAAGGCAGCUUGUCAACGGCUACACAAGCAGGAAAAGAUCAGCUGCCCUUGCGCCACGAUGA